AAAGGCAGCGUUAUCAAGCGUUACCAGCGUUAUCCUUUCUAAAUUUAUGUUAACAGCAUACGACUUCUUUUAGUACUGGUAUAUCACACUUAUUACUGACGUUGCUGCUAUUGGGAACAAAUACUGAAACUUAACGUUUAACUGCCUAGAGAGUUAAAGUCUUUUCCACAUUACGGACUACAUGUACGCUGCUAUCACGCAAUUGUUGUCUCUCGUGGAGCGUGACAAAUUGCUGUCACCAGAACGCCAGGGGCUAAACAACUACUGGUCGCAUCUGGUUAAGUUAAGUCCCAACAUCUGGGUUGCUGAGAACAUAUCCUAUCCAACAUACUGGUUUUUACCACAUUAUUCUGUGUACUUGAGAAAUCGGCAUUCCUCGAAGAGCCCUUUUCUUGACAAGGCUUUUGACUCAGGUGUGGACAAGUGUGACCGUCACCAUGUCUGACAUAGAUCUACAGCCACUCGUCGAUGCAGACUCGGACAGAUUAAUGGCUGGUAAGAAUAGGGAGGAACCGAAACCACGCCCCCUUCCGUCCCCUGGAACUUUACAUCGUAGACUGUUCGUUGGAGGCACUGACGACUCGUCCAGUCUACAAGAUUUGUUCGGAGAAAAUGACGAGGACAACUGGGAGAAACCGGAGAACAGGUGCGGCUGCGGCUGCAGCCAUCCGGACUGCUGUCAGUGCUGCGCAAGUCCCAAACUUUUCGCGGCAAUCUGGGCAAUCGUGUGCGCCUUGAUCAACACAACAAUCGGCUACAGAGUUGGGAUAUUAGCCACUAUAGAAAAGACGUUUGACAUGGAAAGUAAGUACACAGGCAUCAUGUACGGCGGGCAUGACGCAGGUUACCUUAUCAUGGUCCUUUUGGUGUCUUAUUACGGAGGAAAGCAGGGGGCACAUCGUCCCAAGUGGAUCGCCUAUGGCACAAUGUUGAUCGGAAUUAGCUGCGUCAUCUUUGCACUGCCAUAUUUCUUCAUGCCAAGGCACGUCAUCGAGGAAGGCGAAGAAGAGAUUGUCUGUACACCGGGGAAGGCGCAAAACACAACCGACGUGGAGAAUUGCAAACACGCUCAUUCCAUGAAUUUGUUCUGGUACGUCAUGUUGACGGUUGCAACGUUCAUGAUGGGGAUUGGUGGAGCGCCCGCAUUGCCUCUUGGAACAACAUACAUUGAUGAUCACGUGACAAAAGAGAGCUCACCAUUGUACAUCGGUUUAGCUCUUGUCCUACCCAACACGGGCAACCCUCUUGGUCUCCUUUUCAGCUCCUUUGUACUUCGGUACCACGUUGACUUUCUCUUUGUUGGCCCCUCUAAGAUUGGAAUCGACUACUCGGACGACAGGUGGAUAGGGGCGUGGUGGUUAGGGUUCCUCCCGCUGGCCGCUGCGUUCUUCUUCUUCAGCCUUCCUCUCUGCCUCUUUCCCAAGAAGAUGAAAAAGCCUCAUGAUGUCAGCCUCAAGGAGACCUCCAGGAUCCUACCCUCUCGCACAGAGCGACAAUACCUCGCCGACAAAAGCUUAUUUACGACGUUGGGUUGCCUGUUCACCAACAGCGUAUACGUUCUUAUCCUGCUCGCCAUCUUCGUCAUAUCGGCUGUCAGAAACGGUUUCGCCACGUACAUACCCAAGUACCUGGAGAUACAGUUCUCAAUCACAAAGGCGAACUCAAGUGCACUGAAAGGAAUCGUGGUUCUCCCGGCGACGUUGCUGGGCACGCUGAGCUCCGGGGUGCUGAUGCGGCUGUGUAAGGUGUCCGGGCGGAACUCUAUCCAGCUGCUGGCCUGGCUGUUCCUGGUGGUUGCCAUGGCGAUCAUCCCCGGCAUGUUUCUGUACUGUGAGCCUGUACCCAUCGCAGGCAUCAUGACCGAGUACGGAGCUACAGCAUCCCAGUCGGGAAGACAGCCCCUCUCCCACGCCAACCUCCAGGCCGAGUGUAACAAAGACUGCGUCUGCCCACGAGAGUUCAGCCCUGUCUGCGGCCCAGACAAGAUCAUGUACUUCAACCAGUGCUUCGCCGGGUGUAAGGAUAGUCUGAAGACCAAGUACAAGGACGUCAUGUUGUACACAGAUUGCUCCUGUAUCCCUCCCGGGAAGAUGAAAAUCCGGAAGGAACACCACAGCGGAUCCGUUGCCACCAACGACUGCAACUCUCUCAGACAGUGCAACAAGUUCAUCUUCUUCAUGAUCGUGCUGUUCGUGGUCGCCUUCGUGUCGUUCUUCGCCUUCACCCCUGUAACAACUGUAGUGCUGAGAGUUGUCAAGCAAGACGAAUCCACCCUUGCUACAGGGGUGAUACAGUUUGCGGUCAAAGCUUUUGGUGUCGCUGCUCCUUUCCUGUUUGGGAUGGCCAUGGACUUCACCUGCAUCUAUUUCUCCAACUACUGUGACGCUCAAGGAGCAUGCCUGGUGUACGACAUCGACUGGAACCGAUACCUGAUGUUGGGGAUCGUCACUCUAGGGACUCUGCUGGGUUCGAUCUUGCUAUUUUGUGCUUAUAUCAUCCACAGAUCGUACCGGGAGGAAUAGGUUUCUGUAAGCAUUCUCCCAAAGUCUACUGGUAUAUUCACUUUUUUCGGCGCGCUGUUGUUGAGGCUACCAUAAUGUUUGAUGGACUGAUAAUGUUCUUAACCUAUUCUACCGCAGCUACCUCGUUAACUCAGGCGUCAAAAUGUAGAUGCUAACAAACAAUUUUUUUUUUUACAAUGAUAAGCUUGAGCUCCUCUCUGCUUGUGAAAUUAAGAAUUUGUACAGUGCCAAUAAGUAAUGUGAACAUUAUCAUGGAGUCUUUAAAAUGUUGUGCAAAAAAAUGAAAAGUUAGAUAAGCUUAGAGGUUACAGGACGUACAGGACGUAUCAAUAACUGUUAUCAUAGAACACCAGUUAUAUAUGUAUUUUUAGGAACAUAGUACCAGUCGUGAUGCGGUUCCCUCUUGUAAUAAAGAUAAAGUACCGAUUCAUUAUUUGUUAAUGAUAGGUGUUCUGGUGAAAGAUGCAUUUCAAAUACUACCUGCAUACACGGUGAAUAUAAGAUAUAAGAUAUGGUCUAGAAUUAACACACGGACUAAAUCACUGCACUUAGCAUUCGUUAUUUGAGUAAACUGAUAUAGUUACAUGUAUAUAUAUUCAUAGAUUUAUGCAAUAAUAUGUACAUUGAUCAUGGUGACCAUGUGCCUAUCAUAUGUACAUUUCGCCAUGUCCAUUACUCACGCAGAACUUUCGCGAAAUUCCUACAUGCAGUGUAGGCCUUUGGUCAUUAACGUUAUCAACAAUAAACAUUACGAGUUUUGUGGUAUCUGUUUUGGUGGCUCUAAUCAAGGACGUUAUAUCAGAUCCUCUAAUCCAAUGACCAUCCAUGUUUUUGAUCAAACCGCAAAAUUAGUCUAAAUAAGUGAAAUUCCCAUAUAUUUUCGCAUAUUGGUUCCAUCGUAGGCUGGUAGAUUUCAAU